CUAUUCCCAAGCUCCAAUUAAAGUGGAAGAACGCCAAUUGCGUUUGUGCUCCAAGCUCCUCCUGCUUGCAUCCUUGCGCCCUUCCCCGCCGUCUGUCCAACAUCAGCACAGCGGCACGCGGAGGAUGAUGUCGUCUUCAUCGACCGAUCAAGCAGUGAGCGCUGACCCCCAGCACAUCGCCAUGGAAACAUACUGGCAAGAAUUGGAGAGCAUGGAGGAACAGGAAGAGGAGGAGGAGGAGGAAAGGAGGAGUAUGGACGAGCUGGAGUUGGAGGAAGCAUGGCUAAACGAGGCGGGGCUAUCUUCUCUGCUGGUCGGUUCGUCGGCCGAGGAGGCUCCUCCCCCUGCCCGGGCGCCGUCCCCUGCCCGGGCGCUCCUGGCCACGCUGACGCGGCAACAAACGCUCACCGUCAAGACGCGACUACGCAACUACACACACACGCUGAAGAACUCGCACAAACAAGCUAUCGUGCACGUCAAGGACAUCUUUGCUCCCGACUUUGAGUCUGUCGUAAGCCCCGCCCUUCAGAGUGACACCAGCCAAUCAGCGCAAAGUUGCUACGACAAAAACACCACCAAAACCAUACGGAGACACACCAAGUCCGCGCACCCCGACCUUUCCUCGUUCUGUUACGACGUCAGGCCUUCGUCCCCGCCCGCGACCUCAAAGCACCCGGCAGCUACUCAAUCUGAGCGGGCCAGGCCAGCUGAUUGGUUGGCACGCAACAGUCCGUACUCUGACGGCGUGGCGGAGCAUAAACGAAGCGGGACUUGUUGGGACUGUCUGCUUGACCGCGGCAGGGACGUGCCGUUUGUGUGUCCAAGUCAGGGCAUGACCCAGGCAGACGAUCUGUCGUCGGCCGAUGUGAAGCGACUGCGUUUCAUCUGCCACAUCGAGCUCUCCACCUUCCUGCUGGCUUUGGGCGUUCAAAGCAAACGCACGCGGCCAGCGCGCACCAGGAGCGGCGGUGCGCUUGCCGGCGCCGUCUUUGCUGUUCCGCUCAAUGCGCUGCUGGACAACGACAGGAAGAAAUGUCCCGGGCUCAAAGUUCCUCUCGUCUUUCACAAGUUGUUAUGUGUGUUACAGCAGACUGGCCUGCAAACUGAAGGCAUUCUCAGAGUAUCCGGAUCAGUCGCUCGUCUCAAGUACCUGCGCAGAGAGUUAGACAGGUGUCCGGAGGGGUUCGAUUGGUCAGCGGUGCGACCGGUGGACGCCGCUGGUCUCUUGAAGCUUUUCAUCCGAGAGCUGCCCACUCCUCUGCUGACGCAUGCGCACCUGCCCACCUUCCGCGCUGUUCUGGGUAUGCGCAAUUCACUCACACGCUCGCACCCAUACAAUACAAGUUCACGUGUGCGCGCGCGCACAGGUGUGUCAGGAUCGGUGCACCAGGUUCAGGCGCUGCAGUUGUUGUCUUUCUUGCUUCCUGAGGCACACCGAGAAACUCUCAAAGCUCUGCUGGUCUUCCUUCACCAGGUAGUCUCCCAUCAGGAGCAAAACCGGAUGUCCCUUUGGAACGUGGCCACAGUCAUGGCGCCCAACCUCUUCACCACUCAUCGCCGCGGCAGCAAGGAGCGAGAUGGCCUUGAGGAGGCGGUGGGUGGGACUCACUUGGUCCGGCUCAUGAUCAUGCACCAGGAACUGCUGUGGACAGUCCCCAACUUCCUUUUAUCUCAGCUAAGACAGAUGAACCAAGCGUCCAAUCAUAAGCUUGGUCGUUUGCUCAGGACCAGAAAUGACAAAAACAAGAAGCAGGUAAGAACUUUUACUCUCCAUAAUUCAAGUUGUCCCUGUACACAAGCAACCACGCUGAGGGAGCUGUCAGCCCCCAAAAGGAGCUCCUGGUGUGGCCUUCCGUUUUAAGGAGGCCUCCAACCCAAAAGUGAAGCCGUCGCAUGUGUUGUCAAGGUGACCGAGCUGUGCGAAGGCAUCAUUAAGGUUUACGCUCCGUUCCACGCCAAAGUUUCUAUGGCAAUACAGCUCGACAGGCAGAUGACAGCCCAAGAUGUCACUGCCCACUUCAAGUGCGACAACAGCAGGUACAGAGCAGCACGCGAGCACGCACGUGAACUUUGAUUUUGUCAUCUGUCCGGGUUCGGCUAAUGUUGAAAGAAGGCAACUGGACUGGCUGCUGCUUGGGAACUCUCACAAUCGUGCGCUUUGAAGCAAUCACAACAGAUGGCAAACAAAAGUCAUGAGAAGCACGGCAGACUUUUCCGCAAGCGUCCAAUUGCCUCCGUUCAACUUUCUCGGCGCGCAUCCGCCGUCAGGUCGAGCGACACCAAUGGAAUGGGCGUCCGGGUCAUGUGAUCUCUGUGCAGCGGCGCGCAGCGUCUCUUUGAAGUCGGGGGCAACAUUGGCGAGCGGCGUCUCCACCCGGACUGCCUUCUGCUGGACGUGUACCGCGAAAACCCUGGCUGCGAAUGGCUGGUCAAGCCCUGAACGGAGCGAGCGGGAUGCCGACUGGCCGGCCGGCCGGCCACCUCGACGUUUGUGCUCAUGAAACUGAACAAAGAGUUUUAUUUGAAUCAGCUCAUGUGGUCCACGUGCGACUCCUCGGCAGCCAUGGCGGCGGCCUGCAGGGCUUCCGUGUCACUCUGCAGAGGAUUAGCCAACUUCCUCUCGCUGUGCAUGUUGUUCUCGUGACGCUUCAGAUCGGACGCCUGUCGACACACAGGAAACACCGGCGUGCGGUCAGUCGCGUCGCAAAGGCCUACGCCGGCGAGCAUUUCCGGCAAACAAACGCAAAGUGCGGGCGAGAUUCAACACUUCACGAUACAAAGAAUAAAAGAUGGCAGCGUCAA